AUGGAGGAAGAUCGUCGGAAACAUGUGCUGACAUCCCGACGAACCACUCUGCUUGCGUCUCUAGGACGAGCGGAGAAAUUUAUGCUGCAGUACCAGGAGGAACGGGACAAGCUCGAGGUCGAUCUGCGAUUGGAGAAUCUCGACGUGAUCCUACAGGGGCUAGAGGAUGUGCAGACGGAACUGGAGGAUAUGGAGGACACCAACGAAGGCAUGGGUCUGAAACUGCCUACCAUUUCAUUGCCUGAAUUUUCUGGGGACUACAAAGACUGGCUUGCGUUCCACGACACUUUUCUGGCUCUUAUCCAUGCGAAUCCGGAUGUGGCAGACAUCCAGAAAUUUCACUACCUACGGGCUGCUAUCAAGGGGGAAGCAGCUCAGUUAAUCGAAUCAAUUGGAAUCAGUGCUGCUAAUUAUUCGCUCGCUUGGGAAGCUCUUGUCAACCGAUAUGCCAACAAGUACCUCCUGAGAAAACGUCAUCUUCAAGCGUUGUUGGAGUGCCCAAAGAUGAAGAGAGAGUCAGCGUCCAUCUUGCAUACCAUCGUCGAUGAUUUCGAGCGACACGUCAAAAUUCUAGGUCAGUUGGGUGAGCCAGUAAAUUCGUGGAGUACCAUAUUGGAGCACGUCCUCUGUACGCGACUGCACGAUGACACCCUGAAGGCGUGGGAGGAUCACGCUUCCACUCUGGACGCAGUAACCUACGAGCGACUGAUCGAGUUCCUGCAACGUCGUAUGCGCGUCUUGGAAUCGAUUUCCGUCAACCAACACUAUUCGUCUGUCCCAGCCGAAACCCAAUUCAAACCUCCGUUUUCGAAAAGAUCGUUUCCAACGAAAGUCUCGUCCCAUGCUGCCGUCGAAAAUUCUCCUAUGAAGUGCUACGCCUGCGAUCAACGUCAUCCUUUAGUAAAGUGCUACAAAUUCGAGAAGCUUCCUAUUUCCGAAAAGUUGAACCUUCUUAAUGCCAAGCGUCUCUGUCUCAAUUGCUUCCGCAAUGACCACCUCGCUCGAAAUUGUUCGUCGAAGUACAGCUGCAAGUUCUGCCAGAAACGCCACCACUCCCUCAUCCAUGCAGCCUACGUGGAUAGUUCCAAACAAUCCAGCACAAAUGUCAACGCUUCCUCUUCUGGUAGUUCUUCUAGGGCAUCCGUUCAAACCAACAUAGCCACUUCCGAGGCCGUUCCGUUGCUGUCUGCAUCGACAUUUGUGAAAUCUCAAGAGCAAGUGUGCAGUAUUCCGAUGCAAAGUUGCGGUAGAAACGUUUUCAUGCUCACCGUACUGCUGAAAAUCGUCGACUGUUAUGGUGAAGAGCAUUUUGCCAGAGCUCUUUUGGAUUGCGCUUCCCAACCGAACAUCAUCUCCGAAAACUUGGCCCAAAUUUUGCGGCUGAAACGAAACAAAGUGAAUGUUUUGAUCCAUGGAGUAGGGGAGAAACCGCAACAUGCCCGCAACUCUGUCCGUACGCAAGUUCGUUCCCGGAAAGGAGAAUUCAUCCUAGAUGUCGACUUCUUGGUGCUGAACAAGGUCAUCCCGAACCUUCCGUCCCGUGACGUCUCCGUUGAAGGCUGGAAUCUACCACAGGACCUGUUCUACGCCGAUCCAAACUUCCACAAGAGCUCCGGGAUUGAUUUAAUAAUCGGCAACGAGCAUUUCUUCUCUUGCUUCAAGACCGCUGCUAGAAUUCAAUUGUCCGAUUCCCUUCCGUUGCUAGUUGAUAGUGUCUUCGGGUGGAUCGUCUCUGGAACCGCCAACGCUGCUGAAAAUUCCUCCGAUUCUUCUGCCUGCUCUGUUACGACCGUUUCACUAAUGUCCCUCGAAGAAAGCUUAGAACGCUUUUGGGAAAUCGAAGAGCUGCCAUCUCGAUCUGCCUACUCACCAGAGGAGAAGAAAUGUGAGGAAUUCUACACAUCCACGGUUACCAGAAACACCGAAGGACGGUACAUAGUGCGACUACCACGUAAAUCCAACUUCGACGAACUAGUUGGAGAAUCGAAGGCCACUGCUUUACGACGCUUUGAACUUCUCGAGCGCAGGCUCAACCGAGAUGUACACCUGAAAGAAGAAUACUGCAAGUUCAUGCGAGAGUAUUUGGAUUUAGGGCAUAUGCGAUUGGUUCCUGAGGAGGAAGAAGGCAGGUCGAAGGAAUGUUUUCUACCCCAUCAUCCAGUGCUGAAAGAGGCCAGCACAACGACAAAAGUACGUGUCGUCUUUGAUGCUUCCGCCAAAACGUCUACGGGACACUCUCUGAAUGAAGCGCUGCUCGUAGGCCCCGUAGUACAGGACGAUAUACUUAACAUUAGCCUGCGAUUUCGAACCUUUCCUGUAGCGGUUGUGGGUGACGUCGAGAAGAUGUACCGCCAGGUCCUGAACCAUGAAGAGGAUACACCGCUUCAAGAAAUCCUAUUCCGUUUCAACAAAUCCGACCCAGUACAAACCUAUCGACUUCUUACCGUUACGUACGGUAUGGCUCCGUCUGCUUUCCUUGCAACUCGUACACUACUGCAGUUGGCCAACGAUGAAGGUGAUGCCUAUCCGCUGGGAGGACCAGCGCUCAGAAAGGGAUUUUACGUUGACGAUUUCAUCGGUGGUGCUCAGUCGGUUCAAGAAGCAAUCCAGUUGAGGACCGAAUUGGGAGAAUUGAUGGCGAAGGGUGGAUUCUGCUUGCGAAAGUGGACGUCGAAUAAGUUGGAAGUGCUGCAGGGACUAGCUGCUGACCAAGUCGGUACUCAAUCCGCUCUGAAAUUCGACAAGGACGAAACAAUCAAGGCGUUGGGAAUCAGCUGGGAACCUGAAAUCGACGUGUUCCGUUUUGAGACCAUCAUUCGACCGACGCAAGGACCGCCUACUAAACGAAGCAUUUUAUCUGGGGUAUCGCAGCUAUUCGACCCCCUCGGAAUAAUUUCUCCUGUAGUAAUCCGUGGCAAAAUGCUGAUGCAACUCCUGUGGCUGCAAUCGUUUGGCUGGGACGAUGAGGUUCCAGAAUCGAUCGCGAAGAAAUGGGAGAAUUACGCCGAGCAACUAACAAAACUUUCCGAGUUCCGGGUGCCACGUUACGCGUUGCUUCCAAACGCUACCAUCCAGCUGCACACAUUCUCCGAUGCAUCCGAGACUGCCUAUGGUGCAUGCACAUACGCACGAUCCGUUGAUUCCUAUGCAUUUCGGAGAUUUGUGUCCCGUCGAGGCCGACCGUCCGACGUCUAUUCGGACAACGGCAAGAAUUUCGAGGGCGCGAAGAACGAUCUGGAAGAAAUCUACCGUUUACUGAAGAACGAGCAAGCUGGCCAAAUCCAUUCCUUUUGCGCCAACGAAUCCAUAACCUGGCACCUGUGUCCACCAAAAGCGCCUCACUUUGGUGGAUUAUGGGAGGCUGCGGUGAAAGUCGCGAAAAAACAUCUGUACCAACAGCUGGGAAACUCUCGCCUUACGUUCGAGGGUAUGGCGACGCUUCUAACUCAAAUUGAAGCAUCAAUGAAUAGCCGGCCACUUGUACCCCUGUCGGAGGAUCCCAACGAUCUAUCGUGCCUAACUCCUGCUCACUUUUUGAUUGGGUCAACGAUGCACGCAGUUCCUGAGCCGGAUUACACAAAUUUCUCGAUGAGUAUUCUCAACCAAUAUCAAGCAAUUCAAAGGACGUUUCAGCAGUUUUGGCAUCAUUGGCGAAAGGAAUAUUUGCACGAGAUGCAGCUAUGCACCAAAUACAACAAGCCGAACAAAGGAAUCCUUCCCGGUCGUCUCGUGAUCGUCGUCGAUGAAUCCUUGCAUCCAGUCAAGUGGCCACUCGCUCGUAUUCUCGAUAUCCAUCCUGGCCGCGACCAGCUGACUCGUGUGGUGACCCUGAAGACGUCUCGUGGGGUUAUCAAGCGGCCAAUUACAAAAAUUUGCUUUCUUCCAUCCGAUGACGACGUGGAUAACCCAACCGGAGAAAACAACAAACAAAAUGACGCCGACCGAGAUGACAGCUCUGCAACCACCAGCGAAGACGGAGAACUCAACGGAGGUGAGAAGUAG